AUGUCCCUACUUCCAUUCAGUCUCUUCAUCUACCUCUACACCACCGGCUCCCUCUUCUAUGACACCAUCCAUUACAUCCUCCACCAAGGGACCAACUCCCCAUGGCGUCUCCUCCGCUUCCUCUCCACCUGUCACCAAUACCACCACUUCCACUACAACCAAUCCUUGAACUUCAAUGACCGGUACCUCAAACGAAACAUCUUCAUCGCGUUACCCCUCGAACUCCUCUGCCAGAUGCUAGGCAGCGUUGUCGGUCGAAUCAUCGCGCAACCAUACCUCCAUCCCACCAACAUACCCAUCCUGAACCAAUGUCUGUCCUUGACCUUACUGAUUCAGAUCACACGAACCCUCCUCGUCAUGACCAUGAGCGGCCGAGACUCGAACCACAUCAUCACCUUCGACACUGUCCCCAAAGACACGAACUGGGUGUUCGUGGGGCCUCACUUCCACGCUCUGCAUCAUAUCCAUCCCGAUCGAUACAUGGGAUCGAUGAUUAAAUUGGUUGAUUGGGUUGCUGGAACGGCGUAUUCAUUCCGCCAUAAACGGGUAAUUUUGACCGGGGGGACAGGGGCGUUUGGUUCUGCGUUGGAGAAACAGCUUCUUUGUGAGGGAGUGAGGGGGAUCACAAAGCUGAGAUAUGGUCGUGACUGGACGCAUGGGGAUUUCACCCGUGUGGGAUGCAUUCUGCGCGAGGCGGAUAUUCUCAUUUUGGCGCAUGGGUCGAAAGACGUCGAUGCUAUGGCUGCCAACUGUCACUCAAGUAUCCAACUCAUCGAAACCUUUCUGGAAGAAAAGGAGAAAUACAAGACAAGGGGCAAGAAACCCACCCCAAUGCCCGAAAUCUGGUACAUCGGCAGCGAAAUCGAACUGCAUCCCGCAUGGGGCAUUCCCGAACUCCAACGGUAUUCAGCCUCCAAGCGCGCGUUUGUGCCAUAUGCGCGGGGGUUAUAUCAGAAUCCGAAGGUAUUAUAUCGACAUAUUGUCCCCGCGGCGUUUCAGUCGUCCAUGGGGAAGGCGAUCGUGUCGGCGGAUUGGGCGGCCAGCGUGACCAUGUGGUGGAUUCAUCGCGGGGCGUGGUAUGUGCCGGUGACGUAUACGGGAUUGGCGGUGGUGAAUUAUUUCAAGUUUCGGUUUGGGAGGGGCUGUUAGGAUAUGUUGUUGGUG